UUUCAGUUCUUUCUUACCACCAUGUUCACCUAAAUUAUGAAUUGUUAAACAUUUUAUUACAGUAUUUAUGCGGUGUGCAAACGUGUGUAUGUGGUACAUUACACUGUAGUAGAUGGGCAGCUCGCGCACUGGGGCGUGGUUUAUCUGUAGACGGGCACGCUGCAUCUCAAAAGCGCUCAAAAACAUGGGCACGUCCAUCGCGUAGCUAGCAUUCCGUUAAAGCCGGGUGCACUAGUUUGGCUAUAUUUUUAUUUUUUUAACCCAGGAGCAUGUAGCAAUUUGGGACAGCAAGUGUGUUGAGUUCUGCAGUGUUUGUGGCAUUUUUACUGAGGUGCUCCCUUCCUUCAGUCGUAUCUUGGUGUAUCUUGGUGCAACCAUGGACUGUAGUCAAGUGACACUUACUGUUAGAGGAACAACAUCCUUUGGUGAAGUAAUAGCAGCAGUUGGUAGCUGUGAGACACUUGGCAGCUGGUGUCACCAGAAAGCAGUGCCCCUAGAACCAACAGAAAAAGAUAACUCUGUAUGGACAAAGACAAUCACAGUGCCAAGGGGAGUACAGAUCAACUAUCGAUAUUUUAAGGGAUACUUUCUGGAGUCAAAGAGCGCAGAUGGUCCAGGUCAAGUCAUAGUCAACAAAUGGGAGACCCAUCAGCUGCCUCGAUCAUUGAGAUCGAGUCCCUCAGACUGUGAAAUUGACGAUGGUCAUUUUGGCUUCCACAAUGGUGUUGAAAACUUGGAUUCUGGCUGGUUGACAUGUCAGACAGAAAUCCGGCUUAGACUCCAUUACUCUGUUAAGCCACCAGUGUCCAUAACCAAGAUGAAAUUCAAGAAAUCCCGCUUUAGACUCAGGCUGAUGCUGGAAGGCAUUGAAGAGGAAGAUGAGAGUCCUUCAUCCUGGCACAAAAUGACCACCACACUGGAGAUCAGUAUGAUUAGCGAUAGUGGCUAUAAGUCUCGUCACUCCCAGCCAGAGUGUGGCUAUGCCCUUGAACCAGCACGGUGGACUGAGUACAGUAUUCACACUAUGGACCCUGAUAAUCUGGAGCUCAUAUUUGAAUUCUUUGAGGAGGACCUGAGUGAAAAGGUUGUUCAAAGUGACGUGCAUCCAGGCCAUGUUGGCACCGCCUGCCUCUUAUCGUCCUCUUUUUUGGAAAGUGGUAAAGACAGUGGAGUGGUUACCCUUCCCAUCAUGAGUAGAAAUUCCAGGCAGACAAUCGGCAAAGUCAGAGUGGACUACCUGGUUAUUCGGCCCAUCAAGGACUUUCAGUGUGACAUGAGCCAGUGCUUUACUAAAUACUGGCGAAAGAGGACUGCUCUGGAUGUGGGCCACAGAGGAGCAGGAAGCACACAUGCUGCCAAGCAUCACAAGAUCAGGGAAAACACAAUUGCCUCAUUUUUAAGUGCCGCUAGUCAUGGAGCUGCAUAUGUGGAGUUUGAUGUUCACCUGUCCAAGGACCUGAUUCCAAUAGUCUACCAUGACCUUACAUGCUGUAUUUCCACGAAGAAGAAAAAUGACAAGAAUGCAAUGGUGCUAUUUGAAGUUCCUGUAAAGGAUUUGACCUUUGAUCAACUUCAGCUUCUGAAACUUGCCCACUCUACAGCUAUGAAAGUCCAUGAUCACAAAGACUUGCAAGAUGAGGAGGAGUAUGUAGAUGAACAUCAGCCAUUUCCAUCACUUUCUCAGAUAUUCCAGGCUGUUCCGGUUCAUGUGGGAUUUAAUAUAGAACUGAAGUGGAUCUCGCAGAUGAAGGAUGGGUCUUGGGAUGCAAACUUGUCCACCUAUUUCAACAUGAACCAGUUCCUGGAUAUCAUCCUCACUUGUGUUCUACAGAAUGCUGGAAAGAGAAGGAUUGUCUUCUCUUGUUUUGACCCUGAUGUGUGUGCAAUGGUGCGACGGAAGCAAAACAAAUAUCCCAUCCUGUUCUUGACUCAGGGUGUGUCAGAUGUCUACCCUCAGCUGAUGGAUAUCCGGUGUCAGACAACUCCGAUUGCUAUGAGCUUUGCUCAGAGUGAAGAUGUUCUGGGUAUCAGUGCACACACUGAGGAUCUGCUGCGUAAUUUGGACUGCAUUACGGAGGCACAGGCUAAAGGCCUGGUAGUCUUCUCCUGGGGAGAGGACAACAAUGACCAUGACAACAGAAGCAAGCUCAGGCAAAAGGGCAUUGAUGGCCUCAUUUAUGACAGAAUCUGCGAUGACCAGGUUGAGCAGCACAACAUCUUUAGAGUAGAAGAGCAGGUGUCUCUGACUGAGGUGAUUCCAGAGGAGACGCUGAAGAGUUGUACCUGUAUUCCCUGCUCUGCUAAGCCUUGCUCAGGUAAAGGCCAAGCAGGCAACUGUGAAUCAGAUUCGGGCCUUGGUUCAUCCUGAGCCAUUUUUUCAGAGUCGAGUAAAAACCAAACACAUACACUCUCUAGGUGGACUUCAUCUAAGCAGUGUUUUUGCCAAAAGAAGAUUUAAUGGCCUAUUACAAAGGGCAUUGUUUGAUUAAAUUAUUAAGAAAAGACUUGAGAAUAUAACUUAUCAUAUAACUUCCAUAUUGCUGUAUUUAGCCAAUCUGUGUCAAUGCUUCAACUGUUUUAGUAACAUUGUCUUGUGAUCUUUCUUAAGUUUAAUACCACAACAACAUUUAUGGCUGCCACUGUUAUUAUCUAUUUAAUUCUCUUGUUUCUUUGUAUAAUUGAAAUAUUUAAUGAUGUUUACUAGAUCUAGUAUUGAAGCAUCAUGAAGUUUACUGUGGACUUGCAGAUUGUCACAUUAAAAGUUCAUAACUGCUGAAAAUCAAAUAAGUUUUACAAUUUGUAAAAUUUCAACUUCAAUCACGUGUGGAAGAAAGCACAGCUGUUCGUGAGGCUCUGAACUGUAAUAAAACAAAUGUUAAUGGUGAGACAGUAAAAAUGACACAUUUACAGUAAAUCUAGCUUCACUGAAGUUGUUAUUUGGAAAUAAGGAAUUGAUGGAAUUGAUGUCUGCCUCUAAAUCAACAAGCUGAAUGUUUGCAUGGUUGUUUUUCUGUUGUAAAUGUUCUGGUGGGUAGGCAUCUUUAUAGCUCUCCCAUAAUGCAAAGUAAAUUUACUUUAGCUUUACAGAACUGGAAUCAUUUAUGACAGUGGUUCAUUAUCUUCAGACAACCAAAAGUACAACAAGGCAUUAUCGGGUAAAAUAAAGCUGUUUUAUCA